AUGACCAUCGACCCCGUUCCUAUUCCCUCUCAACGUCGCCGCCGCCGAUCUCUUUCGUCUUCGCCAACAAAUCCAUUUCAUCCCGUUUUAGACCCUCCCCCAAGACCAAAAAGUACUCCAGGCGAACGCCCCACACAACGGCGCCGACAAAAAAGUCCACCUCACGGUGACGACGACGGCAGCGAUUUAGAGGACACUGUAGACCCCGAGCCACCCGUGCCAGAAGAAGACGAAGAAGACGAGAUUCAAGCGCCCGUCUCCAAAAAGGGCAUAACUAUUCUUCAGCGUGGGCUCCCAUUACCCGACAGACCGACACGAAAACUUCCCGCCCGAAAAAUGGACAAUCCACAGCUCCCGCCACCGCCAGCCAACCCAUCCAUGCUGCCCGUCCAGGCCCAUGUCCCCCGCUCUGGAAUUGCAGCUGCCUCCAGCCAGCGACGACUCUAUGUAAUUCUCGAGCAAGCGUGCCUCGAGGCAUACCGCCUUUCUGGCCCUUCUUCCUCGAAAUCGAAACGUGGUCCUGGAGGCGAAACCGAAGUUAAAUACACUUUGCUCAAUUGCGACGAUCACCAAGGCAUCCUGGCCAAAACUGGUCGCGACAUUGCCGAUGCCCGGCCAGACAUCACCCACCAAUGUCUUUUGACCCUCCUCGACUCCCCGCUGAACAAGGCAGGCCUGUUGCAGGUCUUCAUCCAUACCGCAAAAGGUGUCCUCAUCGAGGUCAAUCCAUCUGUCCGCAUUCCACGCACCUUCAAGCGAUUCUCUGGCCUGAUGGUCCAGCUCCUCCACAAACUCAGCAUUCGUGGCGUCAACGGCCCAGAAAAGCUGCUGAAAGUUGUCCGCAAUCCUGUCAUCGACCAUCUCCCACCUAACACUAUCAAACUUACGCUGUCUGGAGAUGCACCGACCGUAAAACUAUCGACGUAUCUCAAAGCGUUGCCAACAACACAUUCGAUUGCUGUUUUUGUUGGCGCGAUGGCCAGAGGGCGGGACGAUUUUGCUGACGCCUAUGUCGAUGAGAAGAUCAGUAUUUCCGAGUAUGCGUUGAGUGCGAGUGUUGCAUGCGGAAAGUUCUGCUGUGCUCUGGAAGAUCUCUGGGACAUCAUCUAG